AUAUAUAUAAAAACUUGAUAUAAUCCGUAGUAAGGUUCCCAAGGAGAGAUAGAGCAUUUAUAAUUUCGUAGUGCUAGAAAACAAAUUGUUUGUUCUUAAUGUAAGUUCCUUCCCUGACAAGUAAUACGGAUAAAAUUACAACGACUGCAACAUGAACAGCUAAUGUCAUUUUUCUCUCAAUGUGUUGAUGAAACAGUUUAAUAACAAGUCAGUAGUAUAAACAGCGAUAAGUCGUCAUGUGGUGGCGCGUUCUACUGGCCGCGGCCGUCGUCACAUGUACGGUAACGCUCGCUCGGGGACCACAGCCGUUAAAUCAGAUAAAAGAUGUCUUAUGCGUAAUGCUGUUGAACAGUAUACAAAAGGAGGACUUGGCCGCGAUUUCGCGGAGACUGCAGAGUGUAAACAUUAGUGAGAACAAUACCUUACCGAGCGAUAUACGACGUAUUAUAGAGCUGACGACGAACAAAACUGAUAUCACGAACAAAAAUGAUAUAAAGGAUAACGAAGUAAAAGGUUCACAUGAUGCACUACUUCAAAGUAAGGAAAGACGUGAAAAUAAUCGAACAGAUCUAAACCAAUCCACCGAAUCCAAUCUAAACUACGAGAGAAUAAAAAAUAACAUUGUGGAGAAUAAUUUACAAGACGAUGAGAAAACCAACUGUGAUGUUGUAUUGGAUUACAAAAAUGGACAACCAACAUUACUGAGUCUAUUUCACUUUUGGAGAAAUUGUGUUAAUAUGAGCAGACCUAUGAAAAAUAACAAUAUGGAGAUAAACUUACAAAAUAAGUCAGCGUCCGUACGGAACAAAAGCAAUUCUAUCGGUGGGCAACAAAAUAUUGUACCUACACUACAUUUGGAUGCAGAACAAACUAUGAAACUGAGUAGAAUUAAUGACAUAAAAAGAAGAUAUGAUGAAGACGCAACAGAAAAUCAAGUUACAAGUAAAAUAAAACCGGAAGUACAAUUCCUACAAAAUUUAUACAAAAAUUAUUUAAGUUUACGUAGAAAUAGUGAAGAAAAUUUUAAAUCAAACGCUGAUACUAAUUUUAACCAUUUGAAUGACGAUUCAUCUAUAGAAUAUACUAUCAGACACAAUGAAUCUUAUGCUACAAAUAAUUUAGUAAAAAAAAAUUCAAUUGCUCCAAGAAACGAACCAGUAAGUCUUAUUUAUUCCAGUGAAAUUGCUAAGGAAUCCAGAUCCGACACUAACUUGUACUAUGAAGAACAUGACAACUUAAAUAUCAAAGAUUAUAACAUUGAUGAACCACCAGUUUACAAAAGUGGUUAUGGAAAAAUAUUUUACGAGUACAACGAAACAGGCUUAAAUACAUUAAAAAAUAAUCCUUAUAAAUUCAUAGAAAUGUUAAAAAGUUUAGCUAAAAAACCAAGCAAUAGCUUUUUAGAUAAUAAUCAGUUUGACGGUAAACAAUCAGAAUUGGACAUAAAAUUGCACGAAGUUUUAAAACUUUUAGAGAACACAGCUGUUAAUAAAGCAAAUUUGAUACCAACUAGGGAUCCAGUAAGAAGAAAAUUUAAUACAAAUAAUCAAACUUCUACAGCAAUUUUAGAUCUUAGGGACAUUGAUUCAACCAAAAGCACAAAACGGUAUUUUAAUAUUUUGUCAACAACAAAUAUACCAGUUGUGUCUGUUCCAAACGUACACUACGCCAACUGUUUGCGUCCUAGGAACAGAAAGAUAAAUACUUCAAAUACAAAAUAUAAAUUUUCUCAACAGAGAGUUAAGAUGUUAAACAAUGAUAACAUUCAAAAUGAAGUCGUAAAGUCAAGCGAAACAGCCAACAGUAAUAUACCCAAAGAUAUUUAUUUUUAUCCAAAAAAUUUACCACUAAAAACAGUUGUAAAUAACCAGAGAAUACACCCGUAUUAUAAGGACGCAGUAGGAAGAACCUAUCAAUCAAAUCUAUUUGAACCAAUUAAGGAAAUCAAAUCGACGAGUCUAGAAGUAGUAUCCGUUUCAAGCAUACAUUAUGUAAACUAUUUGCACCCCGAAAAAAGUAUUAUCAACAGUGUAAGCGCUUCAAAAGAAACUGAUAAAAUAUCAAAAUUAAUACCACAAUUUUCAAAAAGUUACAUUUACAGUCGUGAAGCUGAUGAGCAUAACUAUUACGAAUAUGAGAAAGUUAACAUCAUAGCUAGAAACCAUAACUCACAUAAUAUUAAGAGUUAUUAUUUUUACCCAAAAAUAUCACAGAAGCUACUUGGAACAGAACCUCGUUUACCGGGUAUUUAUUUUACUCCUAACGUGCCCGAACGAGGCAAUCGUCAAAUUGAAGAGGACGCUUACGCAAGUGAAACACAAAAACAAAACCAUGCGCUCAAAAAUGUGGAUGCUGCCUAUUCGCGCGACUGUAAUAUGCACAAUGUGGACUUAGACAAUGCGGCUAUUCUAGAUAAAGAGUACACCGUAGACACCGUUCCAUGCACACAGAAAUAUGCCAAUGCAACCGACAGAAGAAUGAAUGUAGAUGCGAAAAUAAAUGAAUCUGUAAUAAUUGAUGAAAACAAGGCUUUACCAAAAAGUGUGAUUACUAAUAUUGCUGAAAGAAUUAAAAUAGCUAUUUUAGAGGAUCUCAAGAAGGAAUUAAAUAUAGCUUCAUCUACAAAGUAUACGACGACACCCAGAUCUCUUCCGUUGAACAUUACUACUACUCCAUCGGCCAAAAUUGCAGAGACAACUUCGCAAAUUGUAUCCAUUACCCACAAAAUUAUGAUACAAGAUACAGUUUUGGAGAAAAUAAUGAAAUAUUUGGAGCAGAUGAACACUUCAAAAAAUGGUCCUCAAAAUAGAGUCAACAACUUUCAAUUCAGUAACAGAAACAAAAAAAUUAUAGACAAGGAUAACGCAAAAUUUACAACUGAAACAUAUUUGCGCAAUUUAAAUAAACAAGAGAAUUAUGAUAUCACCAAUCAAAAUUACAAAUUGGCAGUACCGAGACAUAAAAAGAAAGCAUCAGUUCAUAAAGAUAUACAAAGACAGAAAAAGCAUAAAUUAUUAAAAGAUAAAAUAGAAGAGCCAAAAACAGUUCAAACGAAUGAAUUACAAAUUGCUCCUUUGGGUAUAUAUGUGGACAGUUUUGUGUCGCCGAUCAAUCAAAAUAUCAUAGUGGCAUCUCACAAUAAAAAGAGAGGUGAUAAUAGAAACAAAAACGUAAAUUAUUAUAAACCACUAGAGAGGAAUGAAAUUCAAAAUAACCCUUCUCCACCUAAGUAUCGUACAAAUAUUCCUCCACCGACUAGCAACGUAAGAAGCAGUCAGCAAUAUAAUAUCAAUAGCUAUACAAAUUACGAUUAUCAAAAAAAUCAUAUGUCUGAAGAACACGAUGUAAAAUAUUUGGAUGACAAGUUUUUGAAUAAAGUCGUGAAAGAUUCGACUGCGCCAAAACUGCCCUCGAAUAAGGAUUGUUGUGAUCGUGAAUACCUAUCACAACUCAUGUACGAAUGUUGCAACGACAAAGUUGUGUCGAGAAGUCUAGAACCGUUGAUUAACAACGACUACAACGAGGCAAAUGAUAGAGGCUACGGAAGCUUCAUACAAUCACAGAACAAAGUGAAUGUUAUGCUGGCAAGAGCUUUAGCUUCAAGAAGUAAGUUUCGAAGCGUUGAAAGUAUUUAGUAAUAUAUCUAUAUCUAUGGACGCUUCACACCACGCCAGUCUGG